AUGUUCUCAAGAUUCAGUUUACAGGCCGAAAACAAUACAGAUGCCGUUUAUGUGUACGAUGGAGGGAAUACCACAGGGAAGGUGUUGGGAGUGUUUUACGGAGGACACCCACCCCCUGCGGAUGGACUCUAUUCUUCAUCAAAUAAAAUGUUUGUUGUCUUCAAGUCGGACAACAAUAAAUCUUUCUCUGGUUUCAAGGCUUCCUAUCACGCCUUGACGUGUUCUGGUGAGAGAUGUUUCAGUAUAAUUACGUGUAAUUACGUGUAAUUCGGUACCGUAAAAUUCCGAAAAUAAGCCUCGGGGCUUAUACUUUUCAAAGGCCCUUUUUGAGGGGCUUAUUUUUGGAGGGGCCUAUAUUCGGAGGGGCUUAUGUACGGAGGGAAAUUUGCGUUUCAAAAUCGAUUGGGCUAGCUUGUAGUGGAAAGGAAAUUUACCAUUUUACUUCGUUUUACUUUGUAUUCAAGGGCAAAUUCCAAGUACAAGCCCUCCGGGGGGGGGGGGGCGUAUAUUCGGAGGGGCGAUUUAACGGAGGGUUUUUUGCGUUACGAUUUUAGGGGCUUAUAUUUGGAGGGGCUUAUUUUCGGAAUUUUACGGUAUAUUGCCGUCCUUUGUCUCAGAAGUGGUAUUUUGAGCGAUUUCGUAGGAUUUUGAUUUCGUCCGUUUCCAUGCCAGUAGUAGUAGUUGAAAGAAAAUUAGCCUGAAUAAAAUUGUCCCUUCCCUACAGCAGCAGCCAGGAGGGAGGAGGUGGUAUAUUUAGGCUAUAUAUGUAUGUGCCGCCCCAAAGGGUUGGGUACUUGAGCCGUUUUGGAUUUAAAACGGAUAUAGAUGGGCUGAAGUAGGGCAUUGUUUUCAAUGGAACCACGAGAGUGUAUCGAAACGUUUUUGCCCGCAACAAUGUUCAGUGUCAAAAACUUGAAAUGGUGACCAAAAAAAAUAUCAAUUAGUUGACUUCACUUCACAAGGUAAUGAUUUUGUAAACCGAUUAUAACCUUCAGAAGCCAGGCCUUAAAACGAGUUCUAAAAAAAUGACAUUUGUAGCUCCGUGUGAAAUAGGGUCAGAAUUUGAGGAACCGGGAGGCAAACCCCCACCAAGAAUUCCGAAGAGUACACCUCGGGACACCUCGGAACAGUACGUACCAGCUCACUUUCAACAGAGAUCGUGAGGCCUAGUUAAAAGCAGAGUACAAAUUGAUCGGAAGUGAAUAGGAACAAAUAGGAUCGUUUUUCAUUUUUCUAUUAUCCCAUCCCGAAAGCCCUUUCUUUAUUCCACGAUAGAGUGUUUUCACAUGACGUCACGGUGGCCAUCCCAAAACAAUAAAACGGCGGUCAUGUUGGUGUUCUAAACAAAUCCUGCGGGAGUUGAACUCUUUUCUUAUGCAAACGCUUUCUUUUGUUCCAAUAAAUUUGCAUAGAUGCUGGCCACGUUAGUGAAAACACUCUAUUACAUCCUUAAGAGAGAAUUCUUUCAUUAUUCCAACCCAAACAUUUCACAGUCUGUCAUUUCAUUAUCCCACCCUCCGAAAAGGGCAAUAUUUCAACCCGAAAAUUUCCGUCAUUCAUUCCCAUUAUAUCUCCUCCGCCCCCGAUAGUUUACUGGGUAACCCUAGCAUAUAAGUCCGUGAGGAAAGUAAACAUUAAUUCGUUCAUGGGAAAUAACAACCUUGGAAGGUUCUAUGGUGAGUAAGAGCUGGAUUGGAAACUGAGAAAAAAAACUUAAUCCUCAAUACAAUGGAUGAACCCCGGGGAAGGGGGUACUUUAGGGAUUUUUGGGUUGGGAUGUGCAGAUGGGACCCUGGAACCCUUAGCCUAUACUAGAGCUCGUUCAAGUGAAUUUUGCUACCCUGUACUAGACUAAACUCCCAAACCGCCUCCUAGCUGUUUUCCAGAAACUACUGAGGUCACAAAUACAGUCCAGCCAAAACAAAUCCGAUUUGAUUUUUUCAUAUUUUUGAGUGGCAAUUCCAGGUACGGUUUUCCUGAGUCUAGACUAAAAUCUUCAACCAAAUGAUCAGUUUCCUGAAAAAAGAUACCCUAUUCUAGACCCAAACUCUCUGAUUUUUAUACCCUAUCCCAGAGUAGACUGCUUGGAAACCAUACCCCUCACAGCGACACAUACCUAUAUAGCCCAUAUAUGGCAGUAUCCCCCCCCGGGGGGGGAUGAGCCUACACAGAAACGCUGCUAAAUGGAGGUCUCACCUUUUUGACAUUGAUAUUUAAGAGAAAUUACUUUCCUCAAAGCAAAGUCUCGACUCUGUGUUGAGGCUUAGAAAUUGUCGAAAUUCAACAAACUCUUAACUAUUCUCUUUGUUUGUUUUUGUUUUUGUUUUUGUUUUUUGGUUUGGUUUAAAUGUGAAGACCCUCUUGGAAUGGAAAGUAAAAUCAUUAGUGAUGCCCAGAUCAGCGUGUCUUCAUUUUGGUGGUCCUUGUGGUUCUGGUACGGGAGUCCUAGUGACGUAAGGUUGAAGAAUUCUGUCGGGUGGAGAGCAAACAAGGAUGAUCAAAACCAAUGGAUUAAAGUAGAUCUUCGUAGAUACACCAAAGUAACACGUGUCGCGACUCAGGGCGGUAGAUCUAGAAAUUAUGGAGUAUCUGGAUGGGUGACAAACUUUAAGAUCCUUUAUAGCCUUGACGGAGUCUUAUGGCAGAUGUACAAAGAGCCUGGUAAUUCAAAUGCUUCAGUCAAGGUAAGAAGCAGAACUUGCUAACAACCUACAAAUUUGUCAGUUAUCUGCUAGCAGACUAACUUUGCUGUGGCUGGUUGCCAGAUCAUUUCUAAAAUUAGCUGUUGGCUCUUAGCCAAUGAGAAGGCGGGUGAGUACAAUGUGUAAUAAUUUGUAUAAGCUGCACACGAGGAAUCUGUUGCCCUGCAUUUUGUCAAACUUUUCUAACUUCAAAAUCCAAUUUUUGAGGACUAGACGGUGUACAACGUUCAACAGAGAGGAGAAGUGUAACCUCACGUUACCAUGGUAGCAAAAUUUUUGGAUCACAGCAAUAGAAAGCUUGAGCAACGACGACGGAGACUUCAACGACAGCGGUAAAAAAGAAAUAGGUUUAUAUUAGCAAAAUAACAACUUUGCACGUGCAUCACGCGUUUUUGUAUAUUUCUUAGCCGUCGUUACACGACUGCGACAUGAAACUUCCUAAUUUGACGCGCCCGCUUUAUCGGAUAGGUGAGCACAACACAAAAAUUAUGUUUUUCUUUUUCUAAACUUAGAUACGGCCCCUUCAGAUUCUACCCAGAAAAUGUUGCCAACAUUUGACAAAUUAAAUGAAACUAAAUAACAUCGAUGAAGUUUGAAGCAGUGCGAAUCCACUUUUUAAGUGACGUUUUGAUUUGUGGUCAUCCAGAAAUUUCGCUACCAUGGCAACUUGACUAAUGACUUUUCCUCUCUAUAAGCGAGCAUUUCUAUCCUUUUGAUCUUACUGACUAAUAAAAACGUCACAACUUGUAGACUAACAACAAAGGAUUGCGCACCGUGAGGGAGCCCUUAACAUAAACUGCAACACUCCCAGCUUUUUGCAGAAUAACUAAGAUACUAAGCGCGGGCUGAUUGGCUGAGAGGUAGCCAAUUAGAACGCAGGAUUCGCGUGAUCUUGCCCGCUCGCGGAUUCAGCUAUAUCAUAAUUUGAUUUAUUUACCAAUUUCUUCGACGGUUGAAACUAAAAACAAUUUUCACAAAAAUGCUGUUUUCUCGGCUUUAUUUCCAUGGAGAAUGUUGUAACGUGGGUUAUGUAUAUGCUUUGUAUUUUCCAUUACACUUUUAGGAUAUAUUUUCAUGCAUGCUACUAUUUUUUAGGUGUUUACUGCGAAUCCUGGUAACUACAAAACCAUCGUUUACAACCGACUGAAUGAACCCAUCGUAGCACGGUAUAUUAAAAUUUUACCGGUGGCAUGGCAACUCCACAUAUCAAUGAGAAUAGAACUCUACGGUUGCCGAGGUAUUCUUUCUCAGUUUUAGUUUCUAGCCUUAUAUCAAGGGAAGGGCUGAUCCCCCCCAAUAGAAAAAAAAAUAAAAAAUGCUUAAAGCAAAUAAAACACCAGUCUUAACCCCUUCACUGCCAGAGUGCUUGAUGGAGUUUUUUAAGGCGAUUCUAACUUUUGAGUCUGCAGACGAAAUCCUAUGAUGUGACCAUUCAAAUGAAAGCUCUCUGCCUGUACUUACACAUGGUGCUAUUUGUUUGUCAAAAUUUUAGCAAAUGAAAUUUGGACAUUUGGUCGAAAUUUGCCUUUGGCCACAUUUGGCAGUGAAAGGGUUAAAGUGAGAUCCCCCAGGCUGCCCUUAAUCAGCCCUCUAAGGGCGCUUUCCAUUUGUUAGAACUGACCGGCCAGAUCGUCGCUGGAGCUGUUAUUUGACAAUGAAAUAGGCUUUUCCCAAGAGUUUUUGCUGAAAAACCAUCUCUUUCGUGCAUAGUAUUUAGGAUUUGACUGAUCUGGUUGGAUAGUUUUGAUCAAAAGUGAAAUUCUCGUUACUACGAGAAGGGUCUGGCCGGUCUUGAGUUCUGACAAAUGGAAAGCGCCCCAAGACGGAUGCCUUUGCAUAUAUGCCAACUCUACCGGAUUAUCCAAAUGUGAUACCAAUCUCCCGGUCUCCAGUACGGGUUACCAAAUCUCCCGGACAAAAUCGAGUUAUAAGCUUUUCUGUGCUUUAAUUUACAAUUUACUCAAUUUUUUCCAAAAUUCGAAUUUUUUGCUAUUCGAUCAUAGCUUGGUUUCUGAGACAUUUUUGCACGUAUUUCAACACUGAUAACGAUUAUUACGCCGUUACAAUCAUGAAAGCGAAUUUUGAUAGCUCAUGUAAGACUUCAUAUAGUGUCCUAAGCCAUUCCCAAAGGGACUGGAUCUAAUUGUGCUUAUAGCGGGUCAGGGUCGGGGGGAGAGGGUUGGUCGUCGAUAUUCGGGGAGGGUGAUGCAGAAGAGAGAGGUUGUUUACAAUUUACCACAAAUUUCCGGACAUUCCGGUCGGGAUGUAAAUGGUAAAUGUUUUUUUGAUUUGUCCCACUGGAAAAUUCCGGGGACAAACGGAAAUUCUGAAAAGGUAGUCCCGUUUUCCCGAUUGGGACGUUCUGAAUGGAAAUUCGUUUUCCAUUUACAAGUUUCUCUAGUUUCGUACUAGUUUCAUGUUGUAACUGGAAUCCAGUGUAGCGUGGCACCACAAUCCGGGAAUUUUAGACAAAAAAUGGUAAACGACACGUACCGUUCUUACUGACCAAAAAUUCCAAACCAAAAUUUCCGGAUUUUUUUUAUACACCUUUUGCUGUUCAUUACGAGAAAAUACGCAAUCAUUUGAGUGAAACGGCGACCAAUAGUGGGAAGAUACAUUCAUUAGCGCGAAAAUACGAACAUUUGCGCAUAAAUCAGAUUCAAUUACGAUUUUUGCAUUUUAAUCAACAUUCAAUAAGACUUUUGGGCAUUCAUAUGCGUCAUUGGGCAUACAAAAGAGAAAAAUAUUCUUUCAUUAACGCCAACAUCAAAGUCAUUAACACCAUCUUGAAAGUUAAUAGGGACAACUGACAUACAUUAAAGUGCAAACACUAUUCAUUAACAUUCUUAUGACUCUGUUUGCAAUUCAAUAACAUUCCUGGACAACCUUAGGAUGGAUAAGACAAACAUUAACGCGCUUGUACAAUCAAUUGAGUGUUCUUUACAUUUAAUAUACAAAAUCGAUUUUCAAUUAAACAACAGAAAUUCAAGCAAAUUUGGCCUGAAUUUCAGUCCGUUAAAUGUAUACCCCUCAAAAACCUCGCUAUUUAAAUAUUUUGGGAGAUAGGUUUGCAUGAAGUGGAACCCCUUAACACAUUAAGCUGCGGUCACAAUGCCAUGUUUCUGCGCAGAGCUUCAAGCACUGCAGUUGUUGUUUCCGAACUCCGCUAGUGGGAUUGCUAGGGCUUUGCCCUCAUUCCUGUUAUACAUCUUUAAAUUUCCGGACUCGAGAUCUCGGCCUUUGGUGUCGCUUUCAGACAACUUAAAUCCUUUUUAACGAUGUCUAGGGGAGAAGCAUAAGCUGUGCACGUGGGGCGGGAAUGGCCAAAUCUAGGUGGGCUGCACCCCGUCAUAUGCAAAGCCCACCGACUUAUCGGGAUCCAUUUUUUCCUCGCCCGCGCCAGAAAGUCACCAAAACCGACACAGUAUUCAUUACUCCAGCAGCUGCCGAGGAAAACUCUUGAUAGGUAAUAUUGCCAUAGUCAUAGUCAAGUUUCGUCCUCGUUGGCCGCACACUUGGCGGUACACCCCCUAUCACGCCCCACCAUGACUUCUGGCCGUCUAGGGUAAACGUAUAGCCGCAGCCGUCGACGAACACACAGUGGCGAAGUACGGCGUGAUUCUUUAAACAAAUUCAUGCCAAUUUUUUGGGGGGAAUUGGUAUUGUUUAAUUGAAAAUACAUUUUUGCAAAUUAAAUGUAAAGAACGAUUAAUUGAUUGUACAAGCGCAUUAAUGUUUGUCUUAUCCAUUCUAAAGCUGUCCAGGAAUGCUAUUGAAUUGCAAACAGUGUCAUAAAAAUGUUAAUGAAUAGCGUUUGCACUUAAAUGUUUGUCUAUUGUCCCUAAUGAUUUUCAAGAUAAUGUUAAUGACUCGAAUGUUGGCGAUAAUGAAAGUAUAUUUUUCUCUUUUGUAUGUCGAAUGACGCAAAUGAAUGCCCAAAAAUGUUAUUGAAUGUUGAUUAAAAUGCAAAAAUCGUUAUUGAAUCUCAUUUAUGCGCAAACGUUCGCUUUUUCGCGCUAAUGAAUGUAUCUUCGCGCUGUUGGUUGCCGUUUCACGCAAAUGAAUGCGUAUUUUCUCGUAAUGAUCAGCAAAAGGUGUAAAUGGUAAACAACCAGAGUCUCCAGAUUUUAAAUUUGGAGGGUGGCGUCUGUGUUUGGGACUGACCUACAAUCAAGCGGUCCUUUUUCCCUUUUGUUUCUUGCCUUUCCCCGGAAAAAAACGUCUGAUCGCAACCUCAUUCCCAGGGUUCUCUCCUACCCGCCCUCCGUAGGGCGGGUAGGAGAGAACCCUGGGAACGAGAUUGGCCUGAUCGCAGGUUACUUUGGGACCAGCCCAAGGUGCCCGAGUUAGAGAGACCUCCGUCUUGUCUUAUAAAGAGUCCAAAAAAGGGACUAAAGAAAGGAAAGUACACAGUAAGUUUCAAGGAGUUAUAAUACCUCCUGAAGUGGCGGGUUAAUGUAACUCCUUACAGGGGAGCUAUUUUUGGGGGGAGUUAUUUUAACUCCAAAAAGGAGUUUAAAGAACUCUUUUUGAGGAGUAAAAAUCACCCCAGAUAUUGAGGAGUUAAAAUAACCCCAAAACAGGAGUUAUCCUGUACCUAAAGUUUUUACUCCACUUUCAGAAUUAAAGUAACUCCAAAAAGAGUAAAAACAACACUUGUAAGGAGUAAAAUUAACCCCAUUUUCCCGAGUGAAAAGAACUCUUUUUUAGGAGUAAAAAUAAUCCCAAAUUUAGAGAUAAAAUAGGAGUUAAAGUAACCCCAUAAAGGGUUAUCCUGUACCUAAAAUUUUUACUCCAUAUUUGGAGUUAUAAUAACUCCCAAAAAUUACUGUGUACCAACUCUAGUUGGAACCUCUUCGUACACAACGGCUGCCAUCGGUAUCUUGUAAUGCCGCGAUAUAGGGCUGUAAUAUGAUCCAAUAAUACUGGUUCUGAAAGUUAUGUAAGCCGACCAAUGUUUAACUAAAUAUUAAAAAUCAAUCUUCUCUUGAUGACUAUAAUCACAAAAUUCGCAGUCAACGCUCUAAUAACGUUGAACUGCGACUUUUCUGUCCUACUAUUUUAAAGGAAACUAAUUCUAUAUACUUCAACAUUUGCUUAUAUGCCCAACCAUUUUAAAUUGAAUCAAUUUAUCAGGUUGCAUAGCUUCUCUUGGUAUGGAAAAUAGAACAAUUGUCGAUGCCCAAAUAAGCGCCUCUUCGCAAUAUGAUAGAAACAGUGGUCCACAAAGCGCUAGAUUAAAUGGAAGAGGAGGUUGGAGACCUCGCAUCAAUAACCGAGAUCAGUGGCUUCAAGUUGAUCUUGAAAAAUAUACCACAGUAUCACGUAUAGCUACUCAGGGACGAAGUAGUAGGAGAUAUGGGCCGUCUGUAACUAGUUACAGGUUGCAGUACAGUGAUGACGGAGUGAACUAUCAUUCGUACAAAGCACGAGGACAAGAUUCAGUUAAGGUACGCCCAGUUGGCCAGCAUUAUUUAAGAAAAGUACCAAGCUUUUUUAGAAAAUCCACUUUUGAGCAUAAAACAAGCAAAUUUGGCCAUAAAAUGCCAAAUCGGUGAAAUUGACAAAAAACGACUUUUAGGUUUUUUUGAUUAAUGUGGCUCCUAUUUUUUUUUUUUUUGCUUUGUUUUUACUCACAAAAAAGAAAUCUCAGUGGAACUGUCUUUUAGUUUUUGUUUUGUCCCUCACUGAAGUCAGUGACAAGUAAAACAGAAAGAAUUUUUCACUACACACCUGAGCCAGAUCGCAUCUACAGUCUUGUAUUUUUAAGGGUGGGGGGCACUGAAGUGAGUAAAUGCACAACUACACAAGGAACAAAUCAUCUGUUAAAACUGAACUUUACCUUAGAGUCAGUAGGAAAGCGAUGUAAGGAAGAUAUGUGUGUUUCUGGAGUCAACACUAAAUUCUUUAUCUUUUUAAUUUGUUUUUACCUCAGGUUUGGGCCUUAAAAUAGGGUAUCAGUUUUCAUUUGUACCAUCGUUAACUAGGGUCAGGGUUUAAGACCCUGAGUGGCACACACUGAUCCGAAAUGUAUAGGAGUACCCUACCCUCCCUGGAGUGUUUUCCACCCAACAACACGAAUUUUCUGUUGUAAGCAUUUCACCCUUAGGGCUGUUGAGAAACUUAUUCUACAGACUAGAAACUUACUAAAACCAAUAAAUGAUUAACUAGAAACUGGUUUAUAUAGCUGUUGUUGUUGUUGUUGUUUUGUUUUUUAAAUAGUUGUUUAAUGGAAAUAGAGGGUAUUUUUCAAGCAACGUUGUUAUCAAUGAUCUGAGCCGGCCAAUCACGACGCGUUACAUCAGAAUACUGCCAGUGACUUGGUCCUGGACCGGCAUAGCAAUCAGAAUGGAAAUCUACGGCUGUCCAGGUAAUUUUAAAAAAACAAUAUUCUCUCUGCUACAGGAGGAUCUUGUAGAUUCAACUCUCUUAACUUUGACGCCAUAGUUGAAUCCCCUGACAUAUAUCAACAGCAUAUUGCAUUUAAAUUGUACCAAUUUUUUUAUUAUUAUUAUUAUUAUUUAAAAUGUUUUAAGCAUGUCUUACAUCUUUUAUUUCAAUGCCUGCCUUAAACUUCUCGUAUACAAUUGAUUUACCCAGAGAUAAAAAACGAGACUGUCCAGCUAAGCUUGAGUUGUUUUGGGAAUUAAUUCUUAAGGUACGCCUUUAUUUCCUGGAGGGGUCAGAUAUUGAGGCUGACGCACGAAAUGUGGAAAAAUUGAAUAGCGUAAAUAAAAGCACACGCAUAAUUCACCAUAACCAGCUGCUGAUGACUAAAUUUGGAAAAAUUUUGUAUUUAACGAGGAAAUGACGUCCAAAAGUGCAGCGUUCUUGCAGGUUAAUGCACCGUUAACCGAGACAUUUCACUCGUUUCAAGAGUAAUAACUAGGCGAAAUUAUAGCUAAAAACAUGGCAAGAACAGCAAGAACACAACUCGAAGGGCGACCUCUGCUAUUUAGAGAAUAUUUGCGGAGCUGAACAACCCUAAAUGUGCACUAUCGAAGGUGAACUUAGCAUCGAUGGAGGUAAGCAUGUUUUAGCUUUGUUUUUAAACUAGGAAUUAUUUUGAAUGAAUAAUAAAACAAUUAUUGAAUUCGGCUUUCGUAUUAUAUGAAGAAUUAUGGAGAUCUGGAGGAUGUUAUCCACCUCGGCCUAUGACCUCGACGGAUAACGCCCUCCUCGACCUCCGUAAUUCUUCAUAAGACUGACUCAGCCUCAUUCAUUAAUUGUUAAUUAAAGACGCCUGAGGCGUCUAUUUAAUUUUUGGAGCCCAGCAAACAGGGGCGUUUAAUAGAUACGAGGCUUUUAUCCUCAUAACUGUAAUAGCAAACUCCAGAAACCUAAUAAGCUUUCGGAAAAUAUAGCACCACUGUUAUGUCUUAGCGUCUCAACCAGGCGAGCCCAUGGUAAACAAGCGUGUUUUAAUGAGUCCCGGAUGUGUGAUGUAAUACACUACAUAUCAACCACAGUAUAUAAAUAGCAGAUUAUAUAUCCAGUCCAUCCAUUGAUAAUUAAGUUAGGCCGUUUAGAGAUCCAUAUCGUUUUUUUAAAGCUCAAUAACUUUCAUGACAGAAUUCUUACUUUGAUUAACUUGGCAUUGCAAUUUGCAAGCUCUUGUUAAUCAAACUGAAUAAAUUGAAUGAGUUUGAAUGAAUGAAUGAAUUAAUGAAGAGCCGUGUAUGUUAGGACAAUAGACGUGCCCUCUUACAAUACGUUUUAACAUGUGAACAGUAAGCUCGGACGUCAGCAUACAAAGACGCCACUCUGGCAGCCGCUCAGUCUAACCAUUUGCAGAUGUCAUUACAAAAGCAGCUACUUCUUCUCAGUUAUUUAAAGACCCUGAGUGUUGGUCCGGCCGGGGUUCGAACCUGUGACCUCCCGCUCAGCAGACCGGCGCUCUCCCAACUGAGCCAAUGUUAUUUUGGUCCAUUUCAUUAUUUCCUAGUAUUUUGCCAGGAACAACUGUCAUACGGGGCGUGUAUUAGACAGGGGUCAUCUAAUAGAAACUUAAAAGUGUGGCAAGGAGGGAGGGGGGGGCAUUUAUUAGACAAGAGGCUUUUAUUUGAGUGGGGCGUCUAUGCGUCUAUCAGAUCAUUUAUAGUAUAUAACAUUAUCCUAGCUGUGCAUUGUACGUUCUGUGCGUUCCGCUUUAUAUGACAAAAGCAUUUAUCAUGGAGGGGGACGUAAGCGGAGUACGAACACCGCAAAACCGCACAGAAAUACGUUUAAACACAGCACAGAAUAACAUAAGAAAACCGCAAACCGCAUUGAAAUUACCUAAAAAAUUUCUAAAUACCGCAAACUACUUGGUUUUGUAAAACCGCAAUACCGCAACUUGAAAAAAAAUUCCGCAAAACCGCAUCAAUGCAAACCCUUACAUUAUGACAUAAUUGCAGUAUAGAUUUUAUUUCUUUCACUGAUCUUUUUUACGCUUAGCCUGUGAAGCACCUCUUGGCAUGGAAAGCGAAGCAAUUGCCGAUUCUCAAAUAAGCGCAUCUUCACAACUGGAUGACCGACAUUUUGCCGCACAAGCCAGGCUGCGUUUGAAAGCAGAUGGGAGCACAUCUGGAGGCUGGUCUGCUCUCACAAAUGAUGUCAAUCAAUGGCUUCAGGUGGAUUUCGGUAGCUCUACUACAGUUACACGGAUAGCGACCCAAGGGGAGUAUGGAUACAACAACUGGGUGACUGAAUAUAAGUUACAGUACAGUGAUGAUGGUAUUAACUUCCAUUUUUUCAAAGAAGUUGGAAAAACAUCGACAAAGGUAUUAUUAGUUUAAACCUGAACACGUGAUGGUCUGCCUAUCCCCGCGGGCUUUCCCACAAAAUAUGACUGACUAUUAAUUAAUUAAUUAAUUAAUUUUUUGUAUUUAUUUAUUUAUCUAUAUUCAUCUGAUUUUUUAUUUUAGAUUCGUAGUGCAAUUUAUUGAAGCAAGGGCCAGUUACCUUCCCGGGAUGACUUAAAUAUUGUUUUAUUGUAUUUUUCAGUUGUUUGCCGGAAAUAGAGACAGUGAAACGGUUGUCCACAACAAACUUCGCCCACCGAUCAAAACCCGCUUUAUUCGACUUUUGCCAACUCGGUGGAACAAACAAAUAUCAAUGAGGAUUGAAAUUUAUGGAUGCCCAGGUAUUAGGUUGAAUUAACUAUCAGAAACGUGCUGACGCGCUGGUACAUUAAAUAACAAGUUAGUGUUAUUGAACUAUCUUUCAAUUGAGUACAUGCACGAAAGUGCCCAUUUGAUAUUAAGACGACUUUGACGUCUAGUAUGAAAAACGGUAAAAAAUGAUUAUGAUGUGAAUCACUUUGACUGCUUUCAAUGGAUAAGUAGCAUAGCUUCAGCUCAGUUCCUAAUAGAGGGUAGACGUUUUUACGUUAGCAUUUGGAGCGGCGUAAUGGGGUGGAAGCUUUGACGGUUGACGGUUAAAUUUUAGAGCUUUUGACGGUUGACGGUUAUCUCAUUACGGAAUCGCGCCUGUAGAAACGCGUCGCUAGUAAAUGCAAAUUUUUCUGUCAAUCAAAUGUGUCCUAUUAUUUAAAGGUGGAAAUUGGUGAAACAUCGUUAUUGUUUUGGAGACAAUAGAAGAACAAAAGAUAACAGAAAGAUCAGGUUAUGCGGUCUUACAGCGUGUUGCGUGACUUAAAUCAGUUGUAGCAUUUCUCUUAACUUUCCCGCAUUAAAACGUUGGAAUGAAAAGUCUGAAGCUUAGCUUUUAAAAUCUUGAUAGCCAAAAUAAAGAGGGUGCCCCAAAAGGCAAGCAUUUGGGAGUUCAAACUCGAUAAUUUUGUCUCCAGCUAAAUCCGGCGGAUGAAAAGUAAUUUGCAUAUAAGCGUAAGUGAAGCGAAAUAGAUACAAAUCGCCGUGGUUGUAAACACAACGCUUCCUCGAAGUUAUUUUCCUUUUGAAAGCGUAAAUUCGCAUGAAAGAGCUUAGCUUACACAAAAUAAUAUAAAAUGAAACGAAUCAAAUCGAAAAGUGAUAAAAAAAAAGUCAGGAUAUUUCAGUUCGAUGGAAAGUAAGUGAUUGGGUAGGUGAUUUGCAUACCGAUAAAAACAACGUCUAGCGCAGUUCAAAACCGUUCGGCUUCCUGAAUUGUUUUUCUGGAAUUCUAUGCAUUCUGCUGGCCUAAAUCGUUAAAAUAUCUUAUGAGGUCAAAUUAUUUUUCAAGGUGAGCGUUUGCAUCUCCUUGUAAAACAGAGAGUAGCGCGAAAGUUUCGAUCUAUAGAUUUUCUUAAGUUAAAUUACCUUUGUAUCGUGGAAACAAUACCCUAUAGCACUUGAGUCUUGAAUCAAAGGACGCGACAUGCGUCGGCUUCCUUUGUGAGCGCGCAAACAGUCAUGGGACCCGCGAUUUUGCGGGCGACACGGAUCUACAGGCGCCGUUCCGUAAUGUAGUAGUGGAAAUUUAGUCCAAGAGUCCAUGAAUUAAUACUAAUUUCUUUUGGAGGAGGUAAUGUCUUGGCCUUCUCAUAUGAAAUUUCGAAAUAUUUUCAGAUGUAAGCAAGUUGUACGGUCUUGUAAUGGCUGGAGAGUGUGUUUUUUAGAACAUGGGAACUGGUUUUUCCAGUUUGAUUAUCCAGUCAAGUCUUUAAAUCAGCUGAAACAGUGAGAUUUGAGAUUCCUUGAAACCUCUUGACGGUUGAUAUCUAUCUGCAUUUUUGACGGCUGACGGUAAACAAUUUCAGGCCGUUUGAUGGCUGACGGUUAACCCCUGCAUUGAGACCCUCAUUUGGGAAUUAGAAAUAGUUAAGCUAUGCUCUAGUUUUGUGCUGAUCGUUAGCGUAUGCUUUUGCUCCAAUUUGUGGAAUAAUUUAGAUUGCAUAGCACCUAUUGGCAUGGAAAGUGGAGCAAUCUCUGACGUCCAGAUAAGUGCCUCCUCAAAUAAGGAUGAUAGUUUUGCGGCAAGUCGAGCCAGGCUGCUCGUCAAGAAGAGCGGGAAGUUUAGGCAAGGAGGCUGGUCUCCUUUUAAAGACGAUCUUAACCAAUGGCUGCAGGUGGAUCUUGGCAGGUUAACCACAGUAACACGUUUGGCAACACAAGGAAGGGAUGGAUCAGAUGAGUGGGUCACCAAGUACACGUUGCAGUACAGCUUUGAUGGAGUAACAUAUCACGAUUACAGAGAAAGAGGAGAAACCUCUUUAAAGGUACGCUGAGCUUUUUUAAAAGGAUAACAGAGAUAUGAUGACAAUAGAUUACGAUCGUAAAUAAUUAGCCGAAUGAAUCUUUCAUAGUAUGUAAGCUCUCCAUUCCGACUGGCGAGCGAAGUGAGCCGCGCCAGAACACACAAGCGAGGAGCGAAGCCAUCCCACUUUCCUCACUCUCGUGUUUCCUCUGGCGCGCUCGGUCAUUAUUUUAAUUUUAAGAUGGUCCCAGAACUCUGGCGUUAUCCUAAAAACUGUACAUAAAACUAUACCUCAAAAAGUCAUUUUGAAGUGUUGUUUUUUGCCAUUGUUGUUGUUGUUGUUUCGUUGUUUUCUUUUGUUUUCUGUUUUUUUUUUUAGUCCUCGUCCGGUCUAUGCACUUGCACUUUUUAUUUGAGUGUCAAUGUAUUUAGCACGAAAGUGCUAAUUGGGGACACUAUUUUUACGUCUCCUAAUGGAGACGGGACCGCCAUUUUACGUGGUCAUCCGAGCCACGCGAAGGUCUCGCCGCCUGCAGUGCAAAGGAAGUACCUUCAUUUCUUAGUUAUUUUAAGACCCUGAGUAAUGGUCCGGCCCCGGGAAUCGAACCCGCGACCUCCCGCUCUGCAGUCAAACGCUCUACCGACUGCCACGGUGAAAAGUAACUUUCGUAAAUAUUUAACCUGUCUGACCUUUCUUUCACUUUCAGGUUUUUAAUGGAAACCAAAACAGCUACAGUGUGGUGUAUAACAAAGUAAACUCACCAGUCACAGUUCGCUUCGUUCGGUUAUUGCCGAUUGAGUGGCGCAAACACAUAUGUAUCAGAAUGGAGAUCUAUGGUUGUCCAGGUAACCUAAAUAGUAUCUCGCUGUUGUCAAUUGUAUGCUACGCAUAGUUUGAUUUGACUAUAACUCAUGGACCCCAUGGUACUUGGUGCGUGUGAAUGGCGCUUCGUUCCCCCGAAAGAGCGCGAACAAAUAGCGCCUGUUUUGAAGGCUAGAUCGGGUCGGGUACAUGCGUCGUACAUGACCCGAACAAAGAAGACACGUCGUUGUUUGUGUUAUGAAGUACCAAUUGGCAAACUACUCCUCCGGUAGUUUUACAUGGAGUAGUAAAUCGAUACAGCUGAAUUUCGUGGGAAUUUUGAAAAGAUGUGAAAAGAAAAACGGCGCAGCGGAGAGAUUCACAGCGGAACAAGUCGCUCCCAGCGAUUUUGAUGAAAACGAAUAUGAAACGCCCAGCGAUUUUGAUGAAAACGAUUAUGAAACGAAAGUGAAAGCAGCGAAGAAGAGUUUGUUGGAGACCUUCAAGGGUCUUCAAGAUGUGCUGAAUGUAGAUGGCCACACGUGGUACAGCUGUCGCUACCACUGCAAGCUUCAUGCCCUCUUCAUGAACCAUGUUGAGGUGAAAUCCGGACGUUUUCUACGGCUGAAGCCCUGGAAGGGUUUAAUUGCAGGUCUACUGCUGCAGGUGCAGAUAUGUACAGACCUCACACAAAUUGAAAAAUUAAUGACAAAAAUGAAUGAUGCCAAAAUUUAUCAGUUAUCGCAAGCAUAUAAUCAGCAUAGUUUAUGAAGGUUUUUGAAGGGAACAUCACCAGAUUUAUGACUAACUUUUUGGUCUCAAAGAAUCAUUCUUUUCAAGUUGUGUCCAUGGUUCAGUCUAUUUCUUUCCUCUCCUGGAAGGUGCAGAUGUUUCUGCAAUGAUUAAUUAAUUAAUUAAUUUUUGGCAUUUAAUACCCUCACCCCUUCCCCCAUUCCCCCUCCCCACCCCCUCAAAGGACCAAUGAAAUGUUAAAGGACCAAUGGAAUCUUAAGGGGUAAGUUAUGAAAAUGGAGGAUUUCUUUAGGGGCUUGAAGCAAAAAAAUGGACUUCUUUGGGGCUGAAGCUUUAAUUUCCAACAGGGAAAAAUCACCCUUUCACGAAAUUCUUCAGGGGUAAACCCAUAUUCUUUGGGAGUAGACCCAUAGUUUUAAUUCUUCAGAGAAUGCAAUUUUAUGGAAUUCUUCAAGGGUAACUAAUAAGAAAGGGAAGUCGUCAACUGAUGGGCUACGGAUAUUAAAUGCAGUAGCUCAAUGCUGCAUUGUUCCUUCAGGUUGCAGUGCAUAAAAAACGGAGGUACUGCCGAUGCUCAAACUGUGACCAUGUUCCAAAAAGGGCUAAAUUAGACAGAAGAUAGAUAAUAGACAAAAAGGGCAGUCUGGAACUCUUGCUCAGCAAGAAUUACUUGGAUCAGAGGCUUCAAGUCAAUUGUGGAUACCACAAUGACCAGGGAGGCUUACCCCAGAGAUACACUCCAAAAAAUUAAUUUCAAUUUCGACUUAUUCCCCUUACUAUUGAUUGAAUCAAGGUUGUAUGUCCCCUCUUGGUCUGGAAAAUGGAGCAAUUUCUGAUGCCCAGAUAAGUGCCUCUUCGCAGUGGGAUAACAAGCUUGGUUCACACAGAGCUCGAUUGAAUGGGAACCCUACUGGAAAAGGCAUGGGAGCCUGGUGUGCUUUAAACAAUGACAAAAAUCAGUGGCUUCAGGUUGAUCUUGGAAGAUAUACCACAGUGACUCGCAUAGCGACUCAGGGGAGAAGUGAUUCUAGCCAAUGGGUUACCAAAUACUUGUUGCAGUACAGUGAUGAUGGAGUCAACUUCCUUUGGUACAAAGAUUUAAAAGACGGUUCAGUAAAGGUACAACAUACACAUAAAUAAAAUAAUUAAAUCUGAUUUUAGUGGUUGUACACUUGUUUUAUUAUUUCAAAGUGGCUCUCUGAGAAAGAGCAAGAACCAUCAACUUACAUGUACAUGUAUAUAAAUUUUUUGCAUAGUUGUUUGGUGGAAAUUCUGACAGAAACACCAUUGUUUACCAAACAUUGAGCCAGCCAAUCAGAGCUCGAUAUGUCAGGAUAGUUCCGGAGGCUUGGUAUGGACACAUAUCAAUGAGAAUGGAACUCUAUGGCUGCCCAGGUAUUUUGAAAUAAACAGUUAAAUUCCUCCUCUUAAGGACUUGUUGACUCACAUUCCUUGGUAGACAAAGUCGUAUACCAGCCAGUGCAGGCAAAUUCUAUGUAAAUGGCUUUACAAUUACCAUAAGUCUUUGGUUGGUCUUUGAACUGAUGUGCUUUUUUUUUUUUUGCUAAUGACUUGUUUUGCAUUUAGCUUGUGAGGCUCCUCUUGGAAUGGAAAGCAAGGCAAUUUCGGAUUCUCAAAUAACUGCAUCAUCACAAUUGGAUGAAAACCUUUCUCCAGCACAUAGCCGAUUGCACGACAAAUCAAACCAAACCAAAGGUGGAGCCUGGGCGGCCCUAAGAAAUGAUCAGCACCAAUGGCUUCAGGUGGAUUUCCUUAGCUAUAUUACAGUGACACAUGUUGCGACUCAAGGAAGACAUGCCCACAGUGAAUGGGUAGUUAAUUACAAAUUAAACUACAGUGAUGAUGGAUUGACAUUCCAAGAGUACAAAGAGCCAGGAAGCAAUCUUGCCAAGGUGAUAAUCUGUCAAGAAACGUUUUAUAAAUAACAAGUUAUAAAUUAUGGCAUUCCUUUGUACAUUUGUGUAAAUGUGAUCAUUACUAUAUUGUGUUUGCAAAUAAGAGGUAAUUUUUCUGACAUUUUUGAGACCCUUAGCUUAUAUAAUCUACUUUAUAUCGUCAAUUAGCAAAAGUUGUACCCUUUUUUGCAAUAUGUUUGAAGGCAACUUUUUAAACCACGCUUGGUCAUUCCAAUGAAUUAGAAUUUCUAGUAAGAGACCAGUCAGCCUUAGAAAACAUCAUUUUUGACAAUUGUGCAUCAUUCAGGGUGCAAAGGUCUUUCUUUCUUUUUGCAUUUUGUAAUGCUUGUUGUUAAUUUGUUAAGUUUCUUGUUGAAAUCCUGAAUGAGAUAAUGGCAUUGAAAUAAUUUAACUUACAGCAACCCUCAAUAAAUGUCAAUAUUUUAUCAGCUGACAUUAAACCACCCCCCUCAACAAAUAUGGAGAAAUUAGAAACAAGAUUACUCCUAGCACCACCUGUUAGUUAUUGUUUACAUAAUAAUUUCAUGUAUUAUAAUUAUUAUAACAGUGUAUUCAAUUGGAGAAACUGUUCUUAAUUUUCUAUAUAAAAAAUGGGUGUUUGUGGCAUGUAUUUACAUUGAGCGCUCCUUCACAUGCAGUAACAGCUUAAUUUGUUUCUUACUUUCAUUGUGUAGGUUUUGGAUGGGAACAGAGACAAUGACACUGUAGUGAGCAAUAGACUGAAUCAAUCAAUCACAGCCCGCUUUUUACGCAUCUUACCGACCAAGUGGAAUAACAGGAUUUCCCUGAGAAUGGAGAUCUAUGGCUGUCCUGGUACAUGAUUAGAAUACAUCGUGAUUGUAACUUGAGAAAUUACUGUGAACUGGUUUAACCUUAAAUUUAUUGUGUCCUUAAUACCCGUUGGCAAGACCGAGUUACCAACACCUAACUGUACGGUGACCUUUCUAAUUUGUCAGACAGGACCAGAUUAGAGAGGCUUGGUCUUGCUGGCCAUUGCCACGGUCACUGUGAAUUGCCAGCAAGGCAGCUUGUCCCACGGUGGCCAACACGGACACUUACGGCAUGGUCACCCAUGAGUGUCUACAUUCAUAGUCAUUCUGAUGAGGGAUGCUGGAGCGGCAUCCACCAGCGAAUUGUCAGCCUGCAUGGAAAACUUAGCUGCCUGAAUGAAUGAAUGAAUGAUUAUCGCCUGAAAAGGCUUUUUGCCCAACACUAUAUAAAAAUUAAUUCUAUGAAACUAUGAUUUACAUUGCAAAGAAAGAGAAACACACACAAAAAAAGCUUGCCGGGCUUUUGUAUGUAAUAUUUACUUGCUUAUUAUGACUUGGCACCUGCAAGUCACUUAUAUUGACAAUUUUUUGGUCAUACACUGUAGCACAUGAAGGUAAUAAGAAAGAAUUAAUCUUAUUUGUUUCCUCAGUAAGUUAGUGAUUCUCUUCUUUUUAUGCUCAUAAUUAAGCUUGCAUUGCCCCGCUUGGGAUGGAAAACAAUGCCAUUUCAGACGGCCAGAUAAGUGCCUCUUCACAAAUAGAUGAUGAUCAUGGUGCAAACCAAGCCAGAUUGCAUUUUAAGAUAACUAGCAUCAACCAUGCGGGCUGGACCACUCUGAAAAAUGAUCUUAACCAAUGGCUUCAGGUGGAUCUUGGUGCCUACACCAUAGUAACAAGAGUAGCAACUCAGGGAGGAAAAUCCGUCAGCCAGUGGGUGACCAAGUACACGUUACAGUACAGUGAUGACAGAUUUAUCUUCCAGCCAUACCAAGAAGCAACUGGCAACUCAGCAAUGGUAUGUUUUAACUUAAUUGUAGAGUGAAAGGUGGUGACAUUCAUUCAAAAUAGAUUACUAUUUUUAUUACUUUUGCUAAUUGGCUUUAAUCUCCUGGCUUAUUGGUCAUAACCCGCAGCUGGUGCUGACCAUUAAUUUGGAAGAAUGUACCAAUAUACAUUUGAUACAAUGUACAAUCAAUACAAUGAUAUAUUGCCUCCAACAUACAAUCCAAAACUUUUUUCCAGGCAAUGGCACCCCUAGCUGUUUUGGCAUGGGAGCAGAACUCAAGAAAAUGGUGAAAGAGAUCAUUGUUCAUCCAGAGUAAAAAAAAAAGGCAAAUAACUGACUAAAACUGAAUGAAUCAAAAUGCAAGAAUAAUUAUGCAGAAAAAUUAUUGCAGAAUAGAUAUCAUCAGCUUUUGAAGAGCUUCUCCAAGGAAAUAAUAAUAAAUUAUGCUUAAACCUACCAAACAUGACCAGUGGUAUUGAACGUGAAAUGUGUAGUUCCAGAAAAUAUCCAUACUCCCGCCACAGAAGGGAUUCGAAAUUCCUGGGGGGUGGGGGGUUCUCAAAGGCCCAAAAAUUUAAGUCAAUGUAUGAAGCUUUCGAGACUGGAAUUUCCAGAGAGGUGGGGGAGUCUCAAAGGAAAAAUCCCUUCCGUGGGGAAGGUAUGGAUAAUUUUUGGAACCACACAAUGUUAUUAGAAUGAGAUGUAAAUGUAAUACAGUAAAGGUCUCCAUUUGGCAGUUUAGUAGAAUUCGUCAUACAUGAAGCUGUUUAUAUUAUUUUGAAUCCACUUAUAUAUAAUGAAUAUUAGUAAAAAUAAGUAUUAUUCUUAUUUUUGCUUUCUAAUUUCUUAGAUUUUUUAUGGAAACAGAGACAGUGACACUGUUGUGUACAACACUUUGAAACCACCAAUAACAGCACACUUUAUUCGAAUCUUACCGUUGGAGUGGCACAAUCAUAUAUCAUUGAGGAUUGAAAUUUACGGCUGUCCAGGUAUUCCAAAAUAUUUUCAAACAGUCAUAACAGUCACUAGGAAUUUACAUAUAAAGUCUCUUGUAAAUCUGCCUGGCCUGCAUCAACAUUCAGCUGCUGCAUUUUUCUCUUUUUAACACUAGUCUUUAUUGGGGCAAAAGUUUAAGCUUUGUAUGGUUAAAAUCAUGAGACAUUUUUGGACAAACAGACAAGUCAUUAAAAGAAACAAUGUCGCAGCUCCUUUAGCUAUGCUUUAAAUUAACUAGUAAAAACAUGACAACCAGACAAAUGGUGUAAAGGGGGGAACAUUGCUCGACAAUCGCUGUUUCCCCAGGACUAUUUUACCUAUCCACACCAUAUCACCGUGGACAAAUUCAGGGAGGUCCAAAAGACACAAACUUAAAUAUGGCCACUUAUUAACACUCCACAGCACUUUGAGUUGAAACCUCCAGCCAGCAUUGUGCAGUUCUAAAAACAUGUCAUGGUUGGUAUGAUGUUGCCUAACAAAUAUUUUGUUGCUCAUUUAGGAGGUCAUGGUCCAUCAACUCUAAUUGAUAUGUGAAACUUUCAAAAAUGAUGAUGAUGAUGAUGAUGAUGGAUGAUAAUGAAAGAAAAAAAUUACCAAUAAUGGCAUGCAAAGUUCCAAACAGGAUCCUAGAACCAUGCAAGGAACUGCCCUGAAAUGAAAUAGCUGAUCAUUGCCACUAUUAUUAGACAUGUUGGCAUUUUGUAUUCAGGUUGUGUAAAAUCACUUGGAAUGGAAAAUCAAGCGAUCUCUAAUGCCCAAGUAACAGCCUCAUCACAAAUGGACAACACCCAUUCUGCAAGAGAGGCCCGCUUGCAUUCCAAGGCGGAUGGAUACCAAAGAGGUGGCUGGGUAGCUCUCAGGAAUGAUCUCAACCAAUGGCUUCAGGUGGAUCUUGGUACUUUCACCAGAGUAACACGUGUGGCAACUCAAGGAAGAGAUGGGUAUGAUCAGUGGGUGACCAAGUACAGGUUACAGUACAGUGAUAAUGAAGACACCUUUCACUCUUUCAAAGAGAUCGGCAGUAACUUUGCGAAGGUAUGACUGUUAAAAUUUGGCAAGAACUACACAAUACAGUACAUGUAUUCCAGUCACUAACACAAAUUUCUCAAACUGAUUGAAGCGUCAACAGCUUGCAAAGCCUAUGGUCUUAGACACUUAAUGUCAGAUCCCGAGGGAAACAGUUAGUUUUGUUUUCCCAAGAGUGCUGAUGUUUCCCGAGACAAAGUCGAGGGAAACAUCAGGACUCGAGGGAAAACAAAACUAACUGGUUUCCCGAGGGACCUGACAUUAAGUGUUUUGUUAUAUUUCUAGACUUUCACUUCAACAGCAACAAAAGAAUAACCAGAGCAAACCAAAACAGUCGACUCGGUACUUAUAACAACACAAAUUUAAUUCUCAAAACCACACUGAAUGAAUGAUUUACAAACAAAAGUACUUUCCUCAUAUUAUCUGCAUCUUUUUCCUCCACUAGCUGCUGUUUUUCUUCUGGGAACUUCUGGGAUAACUUUAAAAAUCGUUCCUUUCUAGCUUGAGGCUUCGUUUUUGUGUUGUUGUGUUCAUUCACGAAAAAGAAAACUGGCUGGACCUGGCGGUGUUUUUCCCGCCUUCUGUCACACCACUUUCCACCAUGCUUUGAUCACGUGCUGCAAUGUAUCCCGAGCGGGAUACAUUAUUUAAUGUAUCACGACCGGGAUACAUUUGAUUUUAGUCAAGGCCACGUGACCAAGAAUCAACCAAUGGCAGUCCCUGUUUAGUUGAGUGAAAGUCUAGGAAUAUAACAAUGGAUAUUGUCCAAGUUCUUUGCAUUAUUAUGGACCAAGACUUAAUGGCAGUCAAUAAAAAAACGGAAUUUAUUUGCCUGCAAAUAAAAAUGUUUAUGUCACCUAGUCACGCAUUGAUUUAUGUUAGUUUGCCAAGGAGGGCACUUAUUACUAGUCACGCGUUGACUGGUAAAUUACUUGCCAGAAUAUUAGCGGGGCUCCCGCGCGCGCGAAGCGCGCGUGGGACAGAGCCCCAUACCCAUGGAAUAUGGUCAACCUCUUUUCGUUUGGUUGUCACGUGAUUGACCGAGCGUACGUACGUACGCGUCUACAGAUUGUAUGGGUGGGGUAGGGGUGACUAUCAAAAGGAAGGGAGGGGUGUCUCAGGCGUGUCUUGGCAAGCCCACAUCUUUAAUAUAGGACAUUAACAAUAUGGUCAAUUGACAGCUGUCCAAACAGGAUAGCCACUGACCAGUAUCCCAUGACCAUAUCGCGGGCUCAUGUGUCAACUCAUCGAGGUGACGUGAUUUAUUUGGAAGCUGUCCGCUGACCAGUUAACUGUUUUACUAGAUCGCGAACAACGUUCAAUCUCAUACUUUUACUAGUUUGGGAGCACAGGAAAACUGAUAAUGCACACAUAUUGGACAUCAAUGUUUUGAUCAAUUGACAGCUGUCAAAACAGAGUACCCGCUGACCAGUAUCACUUGACCGUAUCGCGGGCUCAGGUGUCGACCCGUCGAGGUCAAGUAUUUUUUGAAGUUAUCCGCUGACAAGUAAACUAGUUUUCAAGUGAUCGCAGGCUCAAGUUCAAUUUUUUUUCUUAAUUCAUAUGAAAUACAUGUUGUGUUUAUGUGCUGCACAAUUAAAAUUUUGAUUGCAAACUGACCUCGGACGUGAAAGUUCAGCCAGCUGUUACAGGCAGGGAAGACAAUUGCUUUUGUUUUUUCUCACAAUGGUCACGCGUUGGUCACGCUCUACGUCCAAUUUUUAUGCUCUGAUUGGUCAAAAUUUGACAUGUGAGUUCAUACGCAAAAUUUAUGCAGCAUCUUGAAUCUUGUUUACUUUAACAGCUGAAGCUGACAGAGUUUUGUGUCAACUUGUGAUGUUUUUAACUGUCUUUUUCCACUGGAUGUACAAAAUGAAAUUCAGCUGCUAUCAGGAGUCUUCUGUUACUCAUGGCUAGUUUGUUUAUUGGGUUUUUGGUUGAGAAAACGUCGCUUGUCAAAGUCGGAAAUCCGAUUUCGGAUGGCAUCGUUUUCGUUUUCACCUUGCUUGAUGCGUAAGAGGAUUGCAAAGUCUGAAGCGAUACUGGCUUUACCUGAUAACUUUCAGGAGCUGCAUCUCGAAUGGUAAGCCAGAGAAAUUAUUGUAUUUCAUGUUUGUUUUUUGUAUCUAAUUUAAUGAAGUGGAGCGUAGUUUAUGCGGGAAUUUAGUUUAUGCGUGUUUGUAAGUUUUGAGACAACGAUCUCACCGAGUAUCUGGUUUGAUAUAAUCUUACAGAACUUUAAUAUAUAGAUUUAGCCAGGGCUAAAAGCGAAGCUCCCGUUAAUAAAUUCACAAUUUAAAUCAAACAAUAAACUUGUAAUCCACAGAUAGGGCACAGUCAUGUGACUUUUGAGGCAAAUUUAGGCUAAGUGAUUUUAGAGAAAAAUAAUUUGACAGUCCAAGAGUGAAACAAAUUUUACAUCGCGUUAAUAGUCUUAUUUGUACACCCAAAAAUAGCAAUCAUGUUCGAUCACAGUAGAUUAGGCCUGGAAAACAAAUAGAGCUAUUCGUGUAUUGUAUUUGCAUUAGCUGUUGCAUCAUAAUGUCGCAUUCACCAGUCUCUCCAACAACGUUACGUUAGAGAGACUAUGGAUAAUUGGACAACCCCGAAAUAUAAUUUUAAGAACCACACGAGCCACGAUAGUCCUUGGUGGCAGCCAAUUGACACGUUGCAUUCAUCUGUCUAAAAGGGAGGCCAAAAUAAAAAAUCAGGCCGGAUUUUUUGUGUUCGACAAGUUUAGUUUACAAGUAAAUCUGGUGGCGUGUAAACCAGCCUUUUAAACAUACUUUUUCUCAACACGUCUCCGGUAAACAGUACUAUGAGGCCCUUUUUUACUAUACAGACCUUGGACAGAAUUUGUUCUUUUUUUGCCCUAUCAUUCUGCUGUUUUUCACAAUUUUGUAAGACAAUUUGCACUCAUUCAAUAUCCACGACGUCAAAGCAAGCGCUUCCUUUGCAAAACAAAUUAUAGCAUUGAAUUAUCAAACGUUUUCAUGAAAAGAAUUUCAUAAUGCGGGACUUUUAGAAAAAUCUAAUCCUAUGUGAUAUGCAGGGUAAUAAUUAUGGGUUUUUAGCAUGAAAAUGAUAAAAAAAAUUCCCAAAAUCACCUUUUCGGCCAGCCGGACGGGUUCUCACUUUUGACAGGCAAAUUUGCAGUGCGAUUAAUAGAGUUACCAUUUACGCUUCAACACGAUAGGGAAAUUGCUAUGUUUAGGUUUUAUUUCCCUUUAUUUAUUAAACUGUGUAUGUGGUUUUGUUAUGUGUAAUCUUUAAAAGCGAGUGAUAUUUACGCGCAGCGUUUUGAGUAUUCCUGUAUGCGAUGUUUAUGUUCGACUGCAAACAACCGGUGCGGCGAUAAAAAUUGCGGGAGGGACUACUAACAAUCAAUAAAAUAAAUAUAAUUCGGUGAAACAUGUACAGAGACAAUAAUUUCCAUUCACGAAGAGAAGUAUUGAGAGUAAAGUGUCUCUGAAAAUCAUGAGUCAGGUAAGCAUAAACUUGUUUAUGUUUUAAGCCGGCUUCCCGGUGUUUGCUCUUUUUCAAGAUGAACUCGAGGCAAGAAAAUCGCUCAGAGCUUUCUGUUUAUAGCCAAAAUCAUAACUAAAUAAUCUUUGGAACCUUUUCUUUGAAUUUGCGGUCAAAAAAUGUCUAAAGGCUUUUUAAACCUGAUACUAUUGUUGGUUAGAUCAUCGCUCGUGUAUAAACUUAAGCCGCAUAAACCAUACGCUCGACUUCAGGAAACCGAAAAAAAAAAACACAUCAAAGACAAUAAUUGCUCAGGCUUACCAGUCGAGAUGCUGCUUCUGAAGGUCAUCAAGUGUUCCAGAAUCGCUGGAGACUUUUCAACCCUGUUACGCCUCAAGCAAGGACAAGUGAGGAAGCUCAUUCUUGAAAACGAUGCCAUCCGAAAUCGGAUUUCCAAUGACUUUCACAACCGGUGCAUUUGUCAACAUAAAGCGCAAUAAACAAACUAGCCAUGAAUUACAGAACAAUCUUGCUAGCAGCUGUAUUUCAUUUUGUACACCAAGUAGAGAACGACAGUUUAAAACAUCACAAGAUGACACAAAACUCUGUCAGCUCCAGCUAUCAGUAAGCAAGUUUCCAGACGCUGCAUAAAUUUUCCGCAUGAACUCACCUGUCAAAUUUUGACCAAUCAGAACAUAAAAGUUGGACGUAGAGCGUGAUCAACGCGUGACAGUGAGAAAAGUCAAGAGCGAUUGCCUAACCUGCAUGUAAAAGCGGGUUGAAUUUUCGCGUCCGAAGUCAGUUCGAAAUCAAAAUUUUAAAACGGACUCAUAAACACGACUUAUUUCAUAUGCAUUUUAAAAAAAUUGAACUAGAGCCUGCGAUCAUGUGAAAAGUAGCAACUUGUCAGCAACUUACUCAAACUCAGUGGGUCGAUACCUGAGUCCGCAAUACGGUCAGGCGAUACUGGUCAGCAGAAACACUAUUUUGACAGUUGUCAAUUAAUCAAAACAUAGAUGUGCAAUAUCAGGUUGUAGGCUCUCAAAUUAGCUAGAAAAAGUGAGGUUAAACAUUGGUAUGACUGUGGUGCGGACGGUCGGGUGGUCGGUGUAAGGUCACGUGAUUGCCGAAUUUUGUAGGAUGGAUAGAUUUUCUAACCUCUGGGGCUUCGAAUUGAGCACGUGAUCAAAUAAAAUAUCAGCGCAAAACUUUAAACACUAUGUGAACUCAAUGGAUAGAAAAAUGAGCCCGCGAUACACUCAGGUGAUGAUGGUCAGCGUAUACUCUAGUUUGACAGCUGUCAAUUAACCUUAAUUAGAUUGGCGAAUAUUCGAAUUAACAGACUACGAGUGUGAGUAAGGCAUAUCCGUCCGGCUUGUAGUAGAAAAUGCCAGAUCGUGUACCUCAGCGAACCUGAGCCCACGUUAUUAGUUUUCUGAUACUGGUCUGCACAUGUCCUGUUUUGACAGCUGUCAAUUGACCUUAAUUUGGCUUGCCAAUAUAACUUUAAAUGACUGUCAGCCAACUGACAGCCUUGCCCGGCGUAGUUUCGUUUUUAUGUUGAAUUGGCAAGUGUGACAUAUUAUAACAGCUUAUAUGUAGGGGCAAAACGACUGGUCUUUCAUCUGAGCCCGCGACAUAGUCAUGUGAUAAUUGUCAGCGGAUGUCUGAUUUUGACAGCUGUCAAUCUAAUCGUACUCAUACGGAUGGCUUACAUAACUGAAAGGCUAGUCAAGUUGUGCAAGAUCUAUUGUGACAUUUGACAUCGGCUUAAAUGAAGUGUGUGUACGGGUGGGCGUACGCUACGUCAUAACCAAAUUUUCUGGGAUGGAUAGUUUACCAAAUUUUCUUACCCAUGGUGCUCCGCUGCGCGCGCGCUUCGCGCGCGCGGGAGCUCCGCUAAAAAGCCUUUAGACAGUUUCUCACCGCAAAUAGAAAGAAAAUGUUCCAAAGAAUCUUUAGUUAUAAUUCUAGCCGGAAAAGAAAGCUUUGAGCGAUUUUCUUGCCUCGAGUUCGUCUUUGAAAAAACAAACACCGGGAAGCUGGCUUAAAACAUAAACUUCAGCAAACUUAAGCUUGAAGCUUGAAGACUCAGGAUAUUUAGGGACACUUUAAUACUUGUCUUCCUGAAUGAAAAUUGUUGUCUCUGUUUAUGUUUCACCGAAUUAUAUUUCUUUUAUUGAUUGUUGGUAGUCUCUCUUGCAAUUUUAAUCGCUAUGCCGAUUGUUUUCAGUCGUUCAGUGAACAUCGCUUGCAGGAGUUCUCAAAAUGCCGCGCGUUAAACCAUCAAAUAAAAAAUAAACAUGAUAAAUUCUUUAUUAUCUUGGAGCGUAACUCUGUUAAUGUUCAUUCAAACACUUGCUACAGCUCGCACUACAAAAGUGAGAACCGGAUGGCCGUAUAGGUGAUUUUGGAAAAUUUUUUUAACAGUUUAUGAAAAUUGAAUGAGAGCAAUUUGUAUUGUGAAAUACUGCUUUCUGUCCAUGGUAUAAAAGGUUGGUUUACACGCACCCAGAUUUGUUGGCAAGAUUUUGCAAAGUAAACUUGUCGAACGCCAAAACGCUGGCCUGAUUUUUUUUCUAAGCCUAAUUGAUCUACGGUGAUCAAUAGCCAUUACGGCUCUUAAAUGUGAUAAAAGAUGAUUACCAGUUUUUGAGUGUACAUAUGAGGCUAUCAACUCGAUGUAAGAUUUGGUUCACUCUUGGGCUGUUUGCAAAUUAUUUUUCUCUAAAAUCAGGUAGCCUUUCCCUCAAAAGUCACAUAAAUGUGCUCUAAAGUUAACUGAAUUGUGGAAUUCGAAUACAAGUUUAUUGUUUAAUUUAGAUUAUAAAUUUACUAAAUGGGAGCCUCGCUUUUAGCCCUGGCUAAAUCUAUAUAUUACUUGCUGUAAAACUACUAGUCAUGAGCUUAUUCGGAAAAGUACUUAGCCUCAACGUCAUUUAAGGUUAGGGUAUAAGACAAGCUGUGUUCCCCGAAGUCUUCCUCUUGGUCUCCAGACGUAAUAAGCUUUGCGAAUUUGACCCUCCUCCUCCCUUUCUCCGCCGCUUUCUUAAUAGUAGUUUAUUUACUCUGGGUGCCUUUUUUCUACACCUUCACCUUUGCCAGAGCGUAAAAAAUCAAAUAAUCAUAGCUAAUUAAAAUUGUUUGAAGAUGUUAUAUCUAAUCAAUAAAUCGGCCAUCUUGCAUGGCCAAAAUUAUACCCAAACACAUCGUUGUCCCUUAUUUCUUUAAGCGCUCUUGCAAACAUAGCUCGACUGAUGACCCCAGAAUUUAGCCAAAGGUUCUCUUUAUAAUAAGGGUACAAAAGACAAUCGGGCAAGGAGGCAUAAACAAAAAAGAAAGAGGACAACAUCCAUCUGUCCUAACCAAACAAGAACGGUCAAUAAUUUAACCCUUUAAGUCCCAAUAGUGACCAACAUCAAUUAUCUCCUAACAAUAUCCAUACAUAGUCAAGAGAUGAGUUAUGAGAAUUGAUAAAAUGAUCACCCAGGUAAAAAUGCCUUGAUCUAUUAUCAAAUUCUCUCAACAAAUUCUUUAAGGAAACGUAUCAAGAUCAGUCAGGAAAAUUUGUGUGUGGAUACUGGGGCUUAAAGGGUUAAAGGAUUUAUUAUAUGGCCAAAAAGAUAACCUAGUGUUGGAGUACCAACACCAGAAAUGCCAAGCAAUGAGAUGGGCCUUGCUUGCCACUCACGGAUUCAGCCAUAUAAUUAGUAGAACUUGAUGUGCUGAAUUAUAGCUUUUUGAAAUUUUCUUAUAUUUAGGUGUUCACAGGAAAUCGGGAUCAUGAGACAGUUGUGUACAAUCAAUUGAGUCCACCAGUCACAACUCGCUUCAUUCGACUGAUUCCAGUAAUGUGGCAUAGUUACAUAUCAAUGAGAAUAGAGAUCUACGGCUGCCAAGGUGAUGAGGAACAAUUAUAUAUUCAUAGUUACAUUUAGAGAACAGCUAGCUGAAUAACUUGUAUUGUAUUAUUUUAUUGUCCAUGUAUGUCGUCAUUUUAAGAUGUGCAAUGGUCAAAGGUUAAUGGCACUACAGUGGAACCUCUCAUGAGCAGACACACAUGAGAUGCAAAAAAGGCAUCUGUUCCUGGAGCUGGCCACUUACGGGAAUAUAAAAAUGCAGAGUUUAUGUUAGUCUCCUUCGCAGCCAUUAUUAGGGUCAUCAUACAAUGCUCCUCCCCACUAAAGCGUCGCGUGACAACUUUAAUAAUGGCUGUGAAGGAGACUAAGUUUAUGUGGGAGUUGAGAAAAACAAGGUUUUGUGAAGGCAGCCUUAAAUAGAGCUGUCUGCUUACAAGUGUCCACUGUACUUUGAAAAUGUGAUUAGGCUUAUGCUUUUUCUCUGCUUUUAACAAUUCAGGUUGUACAGAGGCACUGGGUAUGAUGCGCGGAACAAUCACUGAUACCCAGAUAACUGCAUCAUCAGAACUGGAUAACACCCAUUCUGCUGCACAGGCCAGGCUGAAUUCCAAAGCAAAUGGAAGCAAAUAUCAAGCCUGGUCAGCACAUGAAAAUGAUCAUCAUCAGUGGCUUCAAAUUGAUUUUGGAAGCUCCACCAAAAUUACACGGCUGGCCACUCAGGGACGAAAUGGCUUUAAUGAGUGGGUGACCAAGUACAAUUUAAGUUACAGCGACGAUGGUGUACAUUUUCAUUCCUACAAGAUGAUGGGAGAAUCAAGGGCAAAGGUAUAUCAACAAACUGAGUUACAGUUUGGCAUUUUGACUCUCUACAAAGUUUUAGAUGCUGCUGUCGUCAGAAGGCAAUUACCUUAUUAUGCAUUUCAACAAUCUUAAUCGUUUAUCAAUCAAAUGCAGAGAAGAUCAUCAGAGUUAAGUAUACAACUUAUGUAGUUGCGAAAAGAAAGCCUGAAAAAUUCCUCCUUACCGAGAUUCAAACCCUGAACUAUGCAAUACCUGUGUAGUGCUCUAACCAAUUAAGCUAACAAGCCAGCUGGGAGCUGGUCAAUAAAUUCACUGUAGGCCACUUUCGAGUUCCAAAAACCCUCACUUUCAAAAUGAGGCCAAGUGCACAACCUUUCUUGUAAAAAUGAGUUUUUAUUUGCAUGAGAAUGAAAAAUCAUUUCCUAAUCAAAGGCUGAGCACUUAACCUCGUUUUGGUAACAUACCCAAGAAGGAUGAAGAUGAAAUGAGGAAUAUUCAUGUAUGAAUCUCGGCUUCUUUUCGCGACUGCAUAAGCUGUGUAUUUAAGUGUAAUGAUCUUGUCUUCAUUUAUUUCAUAGUGGGUCAUAUUCAUCAUGUUUAUCGCGUUUGUCAGAAAGCAUCCUAAUCUUGGUGGUCCUGUGGUACAAAGUCACAAAUUUUCGAGGUAUCGGGGACGACUGCCAAUUAACCGUCCCCACUGAUGUUAUCAGGGUCAUCUCGGCCGGGAAACUGGACUCCUUCCAACUCGAUUUCGUUUCCGCAAGUGACAAACGUGGAUCUGUAAUUAAUGAUUAUCUCUAGUCAGUAGUUGUAAAAUUCAAAACCCCAGCAGAUUAUCUUUGCAUAAUUGUUUAUAGGUGUUUGAAGGAAACCAAGACAGUGACACUGCUGUAUACCACGCUCUGACUCCACCAAUCACAGCUCGGUUAGUUCGGUUGUUGCCUGUCGAGUGGCAUAAUCACAUAUCUUUGAGAACAGAGUUCUACGGUUGUCCAGGUAAGUGGUUCAGACCUCCCGAGGAAAGGUACUCGUGGGAAUUCUUGAAGGCGGUGUCCCGUCCGGUUCUCCAAAUCCUAACCCUCUUUCAGACCAGAAGCCCAUAACUUGGAGCAAGCAACUCCCAUACUCGGCCUAUGUCACGGCAAUUUUAUGGAACAGUUUAUUUUUGGAUACAUUUGAGGGCACUUUUUCCCGCGAAAAUAGAAUCUCUACCAUGUCUAUGUGCGCAAUCGAAGUACAAGAUAUCAAAAAGGAAAACUAAAUGUUAUUAAAAGGAACAAAAAUAUCAUUUUUAGGUCUGUAGGUUUUGCUGACUGGUUUGUGGAGUUCAAAAGAUAUUCAAAAUCCGCGCCAAAACCGUUCUAAAAAUAAACUGUUUCGUGAAAACGAAUGCAUGGAAGUUGCUCGCUCCGAGCUAUGGGCUCCUGUUCAGAGCAAAAACUAUCAUUCUCCACAGCCGAUUUUAGACCUGGCCUCUAAUCUCCAUACCUAUUUUCAGACCUGGAAGAGGUCCCAAAAAGCAACAUACACGUCUACAUAGGCAGAAAUUAUGUCAUCAUUAUUUACGUAGAUUAAAACGCCUACAGAAAGACCCCAUCUUUCGUAUUCAUUCGGAGUUAAAACGAGAAAUACGUUCCUACACUCUUGUAGUUCCCCCGAAAACCAUACCCACCCCCAGAACUCAUACACUUAGAAUCUACCUCUCGGUGUUACAAAAACCAUUUUGGUAACAAAAUUUUGACUAAAAAUCUUGUAUCUAGAAAGUCCGUUUCAUUAUUUUGUUGAACUAUUUGACUGUUGAACUGUUUAUUAAUUAUUACAAAUUCCAGUUUACAAGCACGCAAUAUGAUGAUGAUGAUGACGAUAUUGAUGAUGAUGGCAAGAAUGCAAGUUAUUUAGUUGGCAUAAAAACAGAUUGCGUAGUAGUUACACCAUUGUUCAACAGACUGCCAGUACUUACUGCAUAUUCUGUUUAUUCUGAGUUUCUCUCACAGCUGUGAAGCAUUUCCUGUUGAUCCUACUAUUUAGUAACUUUUGAUGUGUUUUUAAAUACAGGUUGCAUUGCUCCCCUCGGCAUGGACAGUGGAGCAAUAACUGAUGCCCAAAUAAGUGCCUCCUCACAGUGGAGUAACAAUUAUGCUGCAUCACGGGCCAGGUUGCACAUGCGAAGAAUUGGUUACCAAGGAGGAUCCUGGAUAGCUCGUAAAAAUGAUCUCAACCAAUGGCUUCAAAUAGAUCUUGGUGGCUACACUACAUUAACUCGUGUUGCGACACAAGGUAGAAGUGACGCCGAUCAGUGGGUAACUAAAUACAAAUUGCAGUACAGUGAUGAUGGGGUGAUAUUCCAGUUCUACAAAGAGCCACAGAAGACCGCAGCAAAGGUAUACAGAAUGUCAGAGAUGCCGGCGUUAUAGUUGUUUCCUUUCAUAAAAGAAGAUUGAAGUACAUGUACUGGUUUGACCCUUUAAGCCCUAAGAGUGAUCAGCAUCAAAUUUCUCCUUGUAAUGUCAAUGCUUUGUAAAACAGAGUGGUCAUGAGAAUUAAGGACAUGAUCACACAAGAAGAAUUUGCUUGAUAUUUUAUCAAUUUCUCCCCACUACUUCUGUAGGAAAUGAAUAGAGGAAACAAAGGAGAACUCAAACUUUCAUCUUAGGGUUUAAAGGGUUAAUAAUCCCGGAGGGCAAGUCCCAUUUCGGUUCUUUUUAAGUGGAGGUAUCCUCUGGAAAAUCUGGACCAUUUACAGAGAUAAUGAAAUGUCCAUACAUGUAGAUCGUGAAUUUACAGACUUUUUAUACGACUGCGAAUCUUCCCUCCUUUAACAUAAUUUGUCUACUACAAAAUGUUUGAAGAAUCGGUUUUCCAGACAUUUUAUACAGUUUUAACGUGAGUUUUUUAUAACAGCUAAAAUUUCCGAAAGUUUGGGGAUAGAAAAAUUCGCUUCGAGUUUUACGCUUUGUAGCUUUUCCCUACCAUUUCCUUCCAAACAACCGUGUCUUGUGCGAUUGAAGUACAGUGGGCAGCCAGUUUGGUUAAAACCAAUGCCGCGAAACAUCCUUUUAAAACUGAUAUCCUAUAACUAUGCUACAUUGUAUCAGAUGGUAUCCCUUCUCUAAAAUGAGCAAAGAAAGCUUCUUAUUACGGUUUGCCUUAUUCACAGCUAGUUUACAGCCCUUUAACCCUUUAAGUCCCAAUAGUGACCAACAUCAAUUUUCUCCUAACAGUAUCCAUACAUUGUCAAGAGAUUAGGUUAUGAGAAUUAAUAAAAUGAUCACCUAGGAGAAAAUGCUUUGAUCUUUUAUCAAAUUCUCUCAACUCAUUCUUUAAGGAAUUAUAUCGAGAUCAGUUUGGAGAAUUUGUAUGUGGAUAUUGGGACUUAAAGGGUUAAGCCCCAAUAUCCACAUACAAAUUCUCCAGACUGAUUUCCGUACAUUUUCUUCUAUAAUAGUGACUUUUAGAUUCAAGGACGAGAACGACUACGAGUACGAGAUUUUAUUUAAAGUUUUUUCGCGUAUUAUCAAAAAAUAGACUCCCCAGAAUUCUUCAUUGUACUUUUUUUCACCAGAAAAGUUUGCACUGUUAUCGUUAUUGAAGGAGGUUGAGCCUUCUCCAGAUUGCAAAAUACUAAAACUUCUAACAUUUGAUAACUUGUUCCCGCCACUACGACACUCUCGCUAAAACUCGUAGUAGAAUAACGACGGCUACCACUUUUUCCCGCCAAAAUGACGCUGCCUCACGCGCGAGCACUACUUAGUAUUGAGAAAAUCUCGUAAUCGUAGUCGUUCUCGUCUUAGAAUCUAAAGGUCUCUAAUUAGCUGGGAGAAUUUGAUCAAAGAUCAAAGCAUUUUCCCUUUAGUGAUCAGUUUAUUAGUUCUUGUUACCUUUUCUCUUGAUUUUUUUUCUUACGGUAUUGUUGGGAGAAAAUUGAUGUUGGCCACUCUUGGAUGUAAAGAGUUAAAUUUGAACUCUUUCUUUCCUUGGAUCAUAACUCAGGUAUUUCGAGGAAACCAAGACCGUAACACCAUUGUUUACAACAUUUUGAACCCACCAAUCACAACGCGCUUCAUUCGAAUCAAACCGGUGGAGUGGAAAAGUUACAUAUCCAUGAGGAUGGAGAUCUACGGGUGUCCAGGUAUUUAAACUUAAAGAGAUCAUUGUUUAGAUCAUUAAGCCCCGUGCAAACGGACGCAACAUUGUUGGCCAACAACUCCCAACAUUGCUGGAUGUUACAUGUUGCGUCCGUUUGCACACCCUGUUGCAUGUUGUUGGAUGUUUUUGUGUGUUGUUGCGCAAAGUUUGAAACCAGUCAAACUUUUCAGCCAACAAAUCCCAACAUUUCUUUUGUUCCGUGAUCACUGAAGCGUAGCGCAGCAAUGUUAUAUCCCUUUGCACAGCUCGUCCAACAUUGUUGGGGCCGCGCAGGCUCAUUACGCAUGGUUUACAAAGACUUACGGGUUGUAUCCUUCCCACGAUGCACUGCAGGUUCCAACAUUGUUGGCGCAACAAUGUUGGAAGUUGUUGCGUCCGUUUGCACGCAGCCUUACUUAGAACAUUUGAAUCCACUCGACGUAACGCGUUUCAUUCUACAUAGAGUCCUGUAGGUUCCAAGACAGGGAGGAGUACGAGGAGCAUAUUUUCUCAAUACUAAGUAGUGCGCGCGCGUUAAUAAGCCUCAUUUCGGCGAAAUAGCCGUCGUUAUUCAACUACAGAUUUUAGUGUGAAUAUCGUAGUAGCGGAAGCAAGUAAUCAUUUGUUAGAAAUUCUUAUUAAGUAGGUGUAUGUGAAAGAGGUACCGUAUUUCAAUGGAAGGUACCAUAAAAUUCCGAAAAUAAGCCCUGGGGCUUAUAUUUUUCAAAGGCCCCUUUUGAGGGGCUUAUUUUUGGAGGAGCUUAUAAUCGGAGGGGCUUAUCUAAGGAGGGAAAUUUGCGUUUCAAAAUCGACUGGGCUAGCCUUAUAGUUGGAAGGAAAUUGACCGUUUUUCCUUUAUUUUAGUUUGUGUUUGAGGGCAAUUUCCAAGUACAAGCCCCCGGGGGGCUUAUAUUCGGAGGGGCGAUUUAACGGAGGGUUUUUUUUGCUUUACGAGUAUGGGGGGCUUAUAUUUGCAUGGGCUUAUACAUGGAGCGGCUUAUUUUCGGAAUUUUACGGUAUACGAAAGGCGUUGCUUUCCUGUCAAAAAUGAUAUAUGAAAGGGUAAGGGGCUGGAUCUUGCGGGGAACUUCCCCGCAUAAAAGUUUGUUGAGUACCGGCCUCCCUCCCCCCGGGAGUUUGAAAGAGCGGUAAGGUAUUUCUUACUUGGGUUUUGUACGGAAAGGGAUUAAACUAUGCCUAAGUAACAAGGGUAUUAAGCUAUUUUGAUGUUUCUGCCUGUAAAACAAAUCUAGCCUGUACGACACCGCUUGGUAUGGAAAAUAGGGCUAUCCCUGAUUCAUGGAUAACCGCCUCAUCGUCAAGUGACAACAAACACACCGCUUGGCAAGCAAGGCUACAUCUAUCAGCUGAUGGCGGCACGUGGGGAGGUUGGUCGGCUCGUCACGAUGAUUUCGGUCAGUGGCUGAAGGUAGAACUUGGUGGUUACACAACUGUAACACGUGUAGCGACACAAGGAGGGAGUGGACGAAAUGAAUGGGUGACAAAGUACAGAUUACAAUAUAGCAACGCUGGGAAUAUUUUCAAGUAUUAUAGGUUGACAGACAACAGUUCAGCAAUGGUAAGUACUCAAAGCUCAGUCGACGUAUUUGGUAAGUCUCGCCGUUAGAUAGAACCAGCCUCGUCUUAAGUCGUCCUUGACGAUUUAGGAUGUGGCGUCACCUGUCAAGCUUGUGGGGGACGCCUCGCGCUAUCGCACUUGGUUAAUGGCUUCCUCUACUCACUCGUAUAGUGCGAAUUGGCCUAGAAACGAUGUCCAACCGUCCAACCGAAAACAGGAGUGAUGCAUUACGUGGCAAACCACGUUGGAAUGGGACUCUAAGGUUAUAUUUUGUUGUUUGAUCGAUCGUUGCGCGUAAAAUUGCUUGCAAGUGCAUGCCAAUUUAUGUGAUAGUUUUGCCCAGGAUUGUGUGUAAUAGAUCUCGAAAUAAAAGCAAGAGGAAGUAGCAGUUAAGUUAGCAACAACUUUUGCGACGCGGAGAACGUGGUCGAUUAAAGUUUAUUACCAAUGUUCGCUGGAAGAGUUGCAGAUUCCCGUCUGCGCAAAAAUUAACGCAUCACCCAAACCGGUUUUAGCAAACACGGGUCUUUAAACUUCCAGUUUGUCAUGAUCAGCCAUGCUUUUGUCUCUUCUGUUUCGAGAAACGGGUGCCCGGUGAGUGGACAUAAUUAUAUUUCUUUUCUUCUCUUUCAGGUGUUUGAAGGUAACAAGGACAGUAACAGCGUUUUUACAAACAGAUUAAGCCAGCCGAUCAGAGCACGCUACAUUCGCUUUAUACCAAUAGAGUGGCAUAAUCACAUAUCGAUGAGAGUAGAGAUCUACGGCUGCCCAGGUGUGCUUCGCCUUCAUAACUUUUUUAGAGUUUUAUAUGGUGUGAGCUUGAGUAGAGAUGCUGACUCGGGAGGGGGGCACUCCCUUAUUCGUUUAAGGCAAAAAAAUCAGACCCGAAAGAUGAAUUGUCAUUAUGAAUUGUACUUACAGUGUAACAUGUUCCAAUACAGGCUGCAUGGCACCGCUUGGCAUGGAAAAUAACCAAAUAUCAGACGCCCAGAUCAGUGCAUCCUCAGUGUCUUAUGUCGGCAGCUCUCCAGGACAGGCCAGGCUGCACCUACCGGGAGGGCGUGGGUGGAGUGCCUUUAAAAACGAUCCCCACCAGUGGUUACAGGUGGACCUUAGAAGUUACACCACAGUAACACGUGUAGCGACUCAAGGGAGGACUGGGACCAAGGAGUGGGUGACCAAAUACAAGUUAGAGUACUGUGAUGAUGGAAUGAACUUCCAGUUUUACACAGAAGUUGGAAAUGCGUCAGCUAAGGUAUUUUAUCGCAAAUGUCAAAUACCGUACUUUAAUUUGAGCUUCAAUUUGAGCUUCAAUUGAGCUUUCUCGCCAGAAAAUUAUGUUUAAUUCUUUUACUUAUGUAAUUUACAUCACCUUUAACCUUUCACUGUUUAUUAUUUAUUUAUUUAUUUUUUAUUUUAAUUUUUUUUUUUUUUCAUGUAUACAAUGUAUUGAAUGACUGUAUUUUUCUGGAAAUAAUAGAAGAGAAACUCAACAGGACAGAAUCUAGAAGGGCAUUCUUGGGAUCUGGGAUUUGACCGAAUUGUAGUGUGGGAUUCGGGAAAGUUUAUCGGGAUGCGGGACUUGACCGAAUUAUAGUGUGGGAUUUCUGAAACUUUAACGAGAUGCGGAAUUAUAGUGUAGGAUUCGGGAAACUUUAACGGGAUGCGGGAAAGCGCAAAAUUUCCUGACGGGACGGGAUUUCACCGCUACUCGGGAAGCUGGAUUCGCCAUAAUCUUGGCACGCGAUGCGGUAUUGGGGAAUUAAAAGGUAUUCGGGACAGAGAUGACAGAACUUCGGGAUGCAGGACUGUCGUGCAAAUGGAGUGACAUUGCGGGAUCAGCACCCCUGUUUAAAAGACAACAAGAUAUUUAAUCACAGCAUAAUAUUUCAAGCCUGAUUUCAAGUCAAGCGUAAAACCUCUUUUUUUUUUAUUCAAUAUUAAUUUGAAACAAGUGAAAAAUAACGCGGAUAAGAACGAACGACGUUUCGGUGUCAUCUUGACGCCAUUUUCAAAUUUAAAGUAUAACUAAACCUUUGCUUGUUAACAUUAAUUUGAUACAGAUAUUUUUUUCGACUACAGGCCAAAAUCUUCGCCAUUUUGAGUCACGUCUCAAAAAAUCCUCCACAGAAUCGGGACUUUUUAUAAAGUUAAUGCUAAUUUCUGCGUUCGUUUUAAUUGGCUCUUACCAAUUACCUAAAUUAUCUGUAUGGUAACGCCGAGGUUAUGGAGCGGGUUGUCUAGCAUGGCGAACAGUUUUCAAACUCGGUGACAAAGUUAAGCUUAAGCAUCGGCUAAACAAACAUUUUCGUCCAAUAUAAUAUUUGUCAUGCACAACAUGGGGUGUCUAAAGGAUUAAACAUCUGUUUGUGACGAAUAAUGUUGGAUCAAACCUUGAAAGUCAUUUAAAAUGCAAUUUUGAAAGAGGCGGUUAAACGGUAAAACAUUCUCCUGCAACAUGAUGUUACCGCAGACUACACGAUGUGAGACGAAAAUGUUUGAUCGGCCUUAAUAUGAUGAUUUGCACUAAAGAGACUAAACCAAACAACUGCGUAUGGAG